CUAGAGACUGACCGGUAAUCGAUUCUUUCCGGAUCAGCUGUAUCAGCUGUGAGCAGAUGGGAGGAGGAGCAGAACGUUAUGUACUUAUGUACUUUAAGGCGUUAAAGGCAUGAGACAGCCAUUGCAAAUAAUUAGUUAUGUGGUAAUCAACAUCGCUUUUGAAUGAUCCGUACAUAGAUUCUGUGAAUGAAAGUUCAAAUCCCACCUAUUAAGGAAUACGAACAAUCCAUUUAUUAUAUGAAUAAAGAAUUUAUGCAGUAACACAAUGGGUUGGUCAAAAUACCAAGCUUUAAUUGCUGCAGUAUUAGUCGUUACUGGGUCAAUAAAUACGUUGAGUACCAAAUGGGCUGAUCGAAUGGAUGCAGAAGAUUCUGAUGGCAAGCUAAGAAAAUUUAAUCAUCCGUUUGUUCAAGCUUGCUCAAUGUUUAUUGGAGAAAUGCUUUGUUUGUUGGUAUUUAAGUUCCUGUACUUUUAUUAUUCAAGGAAACAUGAUGGAUCCCAGGAUGAGAUGAAGCUCUUGAAAGGAAACCGUUCAUUUAACCCAUUGGUGUUGUUGCCACCCGCGAUGUGUGAUAUGGUGGCUACGUCUGUCAUGUACAUUGGUCUGACACUCACGUAUGCUUCCUCAUUCCAGAUGCUUAGAGGUGCUGUGAUUGUGUUUGUGGGAGUAUUUUCUGUGCUGUUCCUCAACCGAAAACUGGUGGUGCAAGAGUGGGGAGGCAUAUUCCUGGUAAUUGGCGGUCUGGCUCUCGUUGGGGUAUCAGACUUCUUUACACCGUCAGAGUCUGUUGAACUAACCAAUGUACCUGCACCAGCCUCUAAUCAUUCCACAGGGCAAGUUGUCUUAGGUGACAUGUUGAUCAUUGGAGCACAAGUUGUUGCAGCUUCACAGAUGGUUCUAGAAGAGAAGUUUGUGUCAGGUCUGGAUAUUCCUGCUUUGCAAGCAGUUGGGUGGGAGGGUCUAUUUGGGUUCAGCAUUUUGGGUUUUAUGCUGAUACCAUUCUACUUCAUCCAGGUGCCUGAACCAUUUAGUGAUAAUCCUCGUCAUGUUCUAGAAGAUGUACUUGAGGCAUUUAUACAGAUGAGGCACAAUCCAUUGAUAAUCUGCGCUGUAACUGGUACCAUCUUAAGUAUAGCAUUCUUCAAUUUCGCCGGUAUCACUGUAACCAAGGAGAUUUCGGCAACAACGAGAAUGGUUCUCGACAGUGUACGGACACUUUUCAUUUUCAGUGUUUCAUUGGCACUGGGUUGGCAGACCUUCUAUUGGUUACAGAUCAUUGGGUUUAUUCUCUUGGUGAUUGGUAUGGGUCUUUACAACAAUGUGUUUGCAGCUCUGGGACAGAAGUUUGCGCUGUGGCGAAACAGGAAUGCAGGACACAGUGAUACGGACACUCUCAUCAGCCAACCUGCUGAUGAAUCAGACCCUAUAGUAGGUUCAGAAUCUGGACCAAAUCCGUAACUGCUCAAUGUCAAUAUGUAGAAAAUUGUAUUUAGGUCCAAAGCAGAUCUCAACAAAGGAGGCGAACAGUACCAACUAUUUAAUAAAUUUAUUCUCUAUAUUAUCUACAAGUUUGUAAAGAUAAUGUAAAAUAAGUAUCAAUAUUUAUCCAUGUGUUAGUGUCUUUCUUCUGGGACGCACUGGGAUCUCCUGAAGACAGAUGUAUAUUCAUGCGCUAUUGAAAUAUAAGCACAACUAUGCCUUACUGAUUGUGAAAUUUUAGUUUGUCUUGGUGGUGACCAUGGAAAUUACUGUCUUCAAGGAAGUUAUGUAGUGUGUGUAAUCUGGUACAUAUUCACCAUCGUUUCAGAGGAACCUGCUCCAUCCUUCAUCAGGGUAGAAAAACAUAAAAAUGGAGGUAGAAGGUUUCUCCGGAAUGGUAGUAAGUAUUGUCACAUAUUAGUGACUAUACACAGGGUUUGGAUCAGUAAUUAGUUUUAUUGUAUAAUUAUGACUAAUAACUAUAUGUAACUACAACAAUUUCACAGAUUAUGCAAUCUUAUAUAUCACUACUGCAACCAUUAAGACUUCUGUGUUUUCACAAGUUGUUCCUAGGUGGCAGCUGCUAACCGUGCAGAUUCUUCAGCUUCUGUCCUCACUUCCUUGCUGGGUGGCAGCUGGCUUGCAAUUCAUGACCUCCUAGCCAUGACUGUUGACUCUCAGCUGCAACUGACUGACUGCUAAAUUGCUGCUGGCUGUCACCAGCACAGUGUUUCUUGGUUCUGAGUCCAACAGGACUCAUGACUCAUGACUCUCUGAUGGCUCUGGGAGCCUUCAGACCACUCUCUUGUGAUUCCUUCAACUGCCUCAUUCAUCCUUCGUUAUACAGCCUCAGCACGGACUACAUAGAAAACACAGUUUCCAACAGUUCUUAUGUUGUUGAAUGUGUAUCCACUGUUGCAGAGAAAUGUUUAUCGAGCCAUUGCAUAGCAAAGACCGUCUCUUCUGGCUCCACUAUCUACGUUUCAGGUGUCAUGUUACAAUGUCUAUCUGACUACAUGGGGUUUACACCCUAGAAGACAGAGAAGACAAUAAUCUUUGUAGUCAUCACCGUGAUGAAAAUAAAUCUCCCAGUUUGCAUGGUUACAUUUCAGUAAGACGUUAGGAUAAAUGUCUCUUCAGAUUUGUUAUGUGUUGAUGGCAAAUGUUUUCUCUGCCCGUUACCACACUUUAAACAUUAUUUGUCAGUGGUGCCAGUGAUUCCCAUAGCUCCAAUAUAUUGAGAUGUCAGCUGUUGUACAUCUGAAAUUCUUGGUUUGUAUGAAAUUCCUUUUGAGUAAUGCAGAUAAUGAUGAAUUUGCCUUCUUAAAUCUGAUUCAUGCAUUGUACAUUGUAUAUCAACCAAUUAUAAUUGACAUGUUUUCUUGCAGCAAUCUGCCUCUCAAUAAAAGUGCUUUUUGGGACUUGGGGUGAACAUGUAAAGUAAAAAAUAUAUUGUUUUGGGGGGAAUAUUGUACAGGGUAUCUACAAUGAAACGCCCUAUUUUAUUGUAUUUUCAGGAAGUGAGGAAUAGUGAUUUGGCCUAAUUAUUGACAAAUAUCAGUCACACAACAUACAAAGUUAAAUUUAAAAAAUCAGUACACUUUUACGUAAGCACCAUUGGUGACACAUAGGAUAUCUAGUCUGUAAUUGAGUUCCGCCAGGUCUGCUGCAACAUAUCUGGAGUGAUGGUACCGACAGCUUUCACCAUCCGGGCCCAGAGCUCUCGAGGGUCUCCCACUUUAGUGGCGUAAAUUCUGUCCUUUAUGUAGCCCCACAAAAAGAAUUUCAAUAUGAUGUUAGGGGAAUGCAGAGGUCAAUCUGUUGGACAAUCUCGUCCUAUGUAACGGCCUGGAAACAUUGCAUUCAGAGCUCACCACACGUCUAGCAACCAGUAGGGUGGAGCUCCAUCUUGUUGGAGAAAGACAUUUGGCUGCAGGUGUUCUAGCUGAGGAAAGGCAUAGAGCUGCAUCAUGUCCAAGUAUGAGCUACCUGUGACAGUCUUUUCUGCAAAGAAAAUGGUCCAAUGAUGAUGUUAUACAUGACGCCACACCAAACAUCCACUUUCAGGCUGUCUCACACAUGUUCCAUGAUGCUGUGAUCCCCAUAUCUGAACAUUAUGCCUGUUUACAGCACCAGAGACAUGGGAAGUGGCCUUCGUUGGAAACAUGAUGUUUGUCAGAAAGUUGGGGUUUCUGCUGAUUCAGUCAUGCAUGUCACAGGCAAAAUUGUGUCGCCUUGGGUUGUCCUUUGGUUGCAGCUCGUGCAGAAUCUGCACCUUGUAUGCAUGGAGUCACCACCUCUUUAGGAGAACCUUAUGCACAGUUGCUUGUGGUAUCUGCAGUUCCCAUGAUGCCCAACAAAUUGACUUCCUUGGAAUUCAGAUGAACACCAUAAGGAUGUUCUCUGCCUUCUCAUCAGAGACAUGUUGUUAGCCUCCUCCAUGCCCUUUCAAGAUGCUUCCACUCUCCAGAAACUUGUUGUUCCAUGCUUUAAUCCUCUUUGCAUCUAGUGCAGCUUUCUAAUAAACACAACGAAACUCCCUUUGCACCCUCACAGUGGGCUUAAACUCAAAAACCACAGAACUCACCUUCUCCAGAGCUGACACCAACUUUGUGUGGAAUGACAACAGUACCCCGUGAGGUCGCCUAAAAAUUUAGGUAGGAAUUUGAACUCCUGUAGUAUGUGGGAGACCUUUAACACCUAAAAAACAUUUUCCUGUUUUUAAAACAUCGUCAAAAUCAGGGUGUCUCAUUGUAGACACCCUGUAUUAUUGAACAGCUUCAGAUGUUAAUAUAAGAUACCCUCAUGUUAUGAAAACAGUGUACCAAAAGUAUGUCCAUAUGAGGGAAUUCAAUAACAUGAAGCCUAUUUUUUCAUGUUUUAAGUUGAGAUGUUCCUGUGGAAUGUGCUUCAGUCCACAGUUAUAAUAGAAAUGCUCUCUUUACCCACUAGAAAUAUUAGUACCUACGUGGACAUCUUUAAUAAGGAUAACGCACAAUCUGAAAUAAGGCAGGAACAACAAGUGCUGUGACAUCCAUGACAGUCACAUUCGCUAGACAGUAGACAGCUACACAUCCUGUUACGUCACUGACACGUGCAUUCAUGAUUUGAAUUUAGCAAAUGAUUAUUUCUUAAGAAAAUGAAUUCUGCUGGGUCUGUUAAAGUUCAUGUUUAUUCAGAUUUCUCUGAUUCUCUGUAAGUGGUAUACUGAAGAAACAGAGAGUUCUGAGAAUAAUUAAUUUAUUGCCUAUUUUAUUUUGAUAUGAUGCAGAGUGCAUAGAAAACAGUACCUCCAAGAACUGUUCGAUGAUGCGGGAACAUGUUUACCGAGCCGUUGCCUAGCAACAGUAGGGGCAUACACAGACUCCCUUUUGAUAUGACAUGGACUGCACGGAAAAUGACGUGUCCAACAAUACUUCUAAUGUUGUGUGUAUUCGUUGCUAUGGGAAGCUGUUUACUGAGCCAUUGCCCACCACUGAUUGGGGGGGGACACACAUACAGACACACAGACUGAUUGGAGGAUGGUGGGGGGGAUAUUCAUGCCUUUAAGAUGGGCUCAAACGCAUGAUGUACAUACCAAGUUUUAUGCAGAUUAGUUGAAGCAUUCAAAAGUUGAUAGACAGGACACAUACACACAGACAGCAGGAUGAUCUCAUAAGCCUGCUUUUAUUUUUUCAAAAGAAGGGAAUUAGGAAGAAGUAAUAUAAUAGUUCCUUUAAAAUACUUGCCUUUAACAAAUAUGUAUCUUUUGUACAUAAAUUUUACAUAUAAAAAUUACAGAAUGUUAAGUUUAACUUUGGAGAGCUGAUGUAGCUCAGUAGACUACAAGCUGGACAACUGGAGAAUCACAGUUCUGUUCCCUGCGUGGGCAGAGAUUUUUCUGUUCGUCAUAGCAUCCAGACUGGCUCUGAAGCCUUCCCAGCCACCUGUGCAAUGGGUACUAGGAGCUCUUUCCUGCAAGUAAGCAGCUCAGAUGUGAAACAUACCACUCACCUUCAUCUAGUGCCAAGGUUCGGGAUAUAUGGGGUUGUUUAUUUACACCCCCAUACAUGUUUAUGGCGUAGUGCUUAUUUAAGCACACAGAGGUAUAACUUUAUCUUUAAACUCAACUUCAGUAAUUGUCUUUCUCUUGUAGCCUGCAAGAACUUAUUUAAAAAAUAACUGCAAAAAAGUCUUUAUUUUUUUUAAUGAAAGCUAUCACUCUUUGCAUUAAACCAUACCAUGAAACUUCAAAUUCAUGUAUAAACUAGUGAAACUUGUUAUAUUAUUGGUGAUUAAUAUUCAGAUACUUUAUUUUUGGAAUUAAAUUCAAGAAUAAUGACAUAUAUUUUAGGAAAUUUUAAUGUGCUGCAAAUAUAUUUUUAUCAGUUAUGUAAUUGUGUGAGGUUAGGUCACUACCAUAUCCUCAUCUGUAGAUACUGUAUAUCCAGAUUUACAGUUUCAGUGGCUUUUUCUUGUUCUAGAGAACGUUUUGAUGUGCGGAUGGAAUAUGGCAAUGUUCACAUUAUUAAGACUGCUGGCUAAUAAUCUUCCCUGAGCAUCGCUUCAGUUUUGUUUGGGUCGAUAUACAGAGUCUUCAGUUUAUCUUCUCAAAGUCUUUUCCUUUUUUGAUUUCUAGCCAGCACUAUUUGCUCUUAACUGUCUUCCAGUGCCUGGCUGAGCCAUUUGUUCUCAGGUCACUAUCAGGUGUGUUUCCUUUGAAUUUUUACUCUCAGUAUCAGUGUUCAAGUUAAUCAUGUAACUGUGUGAACUGAUUUUUUUUAGAUGUUAUUUACAAAUUAAAAAUAAAUGCCAUAUUUGGAGGUCAUGUCUGCUUGCUGUCUGUGACUUAGCAUUAGCACCUAAACUGCUGGACAGAUUAUAUCUAACAUUCAGUAUGAGAGACUUCUGCUAAAAGUUGUUGGGGAAUUUCAGUUUUCUUCCAUAUUCACCCAUAAUGAAGUGUAUUUUAACUUCAUGGUUGCAUACUUGUAUAAGCAUAAGCUACAAUGAGUGCUGUUGGGAGUUUUAUGUGCUGUAGUAUGAAGUACAUGUUUUCCAUUUUUUCUUCUGUUAUAUGAAAUUACUUUGUUAGUAUUUACAUACUGUAUAUGAAUAUAUUUUUUACUUGAAUCUGGUAUUUUAUUAAAUGCAGUUCACCAUUUUUCUUUAUUUUAGGAAUUGUUAACAGGUUUGGCUAGUUAAAUCUAGUCAGUUAUGGAAAGAAUUUUGUCUGCAUAUUUUGACAUGUUUCCCAUAUUGCUUCCACCGCAGGCAUCUGUUUGGCCUAACCAUCUUCCUUCUUUCUAUUUUAUUUGAUUCAGUAUAAUACAUUUAUUGUGUUGUAGUUUGUGAAUGGUAUUUUUCUGACCAGCAAUUUGUCACACCAAAUAUAACUUUUGUUCUCCUUAAUGAAUUGGGGCUGUACUUAACAAGCACCAUAGCCAUUUCCCUCUUCCCCCUCCCACUGUCAAAUCACACUGUAGACAGCAUAUCUUUGUAUUUAAUUAUGCUUUCCUGCAUCAUCCUCAUUCAUUCAUAAGAUUAUCCUAACCUCUGAUCUCUGUUGACCUUGGCUUUCAUUUUAUCACAGUUGCUUAAUAAUGAACCAAACAGCUUGGUCACUAUAGUGACCAUGCUGUGGGCUGGAUGACUGGUUUGAUUAUUGUUUGGGACUGAAAUUUUUUUUUGCCACCCUCUCCUCACCAGCUCUGGGGUCCAGCCAGCCUACUAUCUGUUGCUUACCAAAUGCUGUUUCUCCCCUGGGGUAAUAGGUGAGGACAUGACACUGACCAUUCAUGUUCAUCCAGUACCAAAGUUUAAGAAGUGUGGAGCUGUCCCUCCGUAAGAAGGCAAGGCUCAUAACAAACUGCAGUAGUAGUUCUUUCCCAUAUAAUUAAUGGUGGGUAGGUAGAAUGGUUCUGCUUGGAAUUAAUAAAAUGUUCGGUAUACAAAUUUAUCUCUGUGAUUAACCUUUUGUCUCUAUAUCGUGUUUCUGUGUCCAGUAAUAAGUAUUCAAAAAUAAAUGUUAUUGAUACUUAUAGAUCUCUAUUUUGUUUUGGAUAUUUGGCCAACAGAAGCAAUUGAAAUAGAAGUAUAUUAAAAAUAUUUUUUAAUUGUAUUCUUAUGUAAUUUAUUUGUGUUGCAUGUUGGGAAAUGUUUUAUGCUGAAGCCAACUGUAUAUUGUGUGCAGCUGUGAUUGCUGUAAAAAUAUUCUACGUGAAUAAUAUCUCAGAUUAAUUAUGUGGCCAUGCUUUCCUCCCUGUGGUGUUGUAGAGUGAGCUAAUAGUAAUAAUAUUAAAAUUAUAGUAUGUAUUUAUUUUAUUAUGAAUUUUACUUCUUUUUGUUUGAGUUUUUGUAGCUCAUGUUUUAGUCAUUAAAGAAUAAGGACAAAGAA